UUGAAAUGGUUGAUUGGUUGAAUGUUGACUCAUUCCAAAAAUAACCAUUACAUUAUUUUUGUGUUAUAAACGGAAGUAGUCGUUUUUCAAAUUUACUUAUUAACUUAAGGACGUUUAAAAUUACUGUAACUUCUCGAACCGGACUAUACAUACUUGAAUAUGUUUGGAAGAAAGAAAGAGAAACCGAAAAGGGAUCAUUCUGGAAAAAAUUUAUCUCAGUAUGGAUUAUUUGAUAUUCCAACAAAUUUGGACCCGGGCCUGGGAAAUGUUGAUAACGAUGAUAACUUAGGGGAUAGUGAUUUAGAAGCAGAGUUAGCAGCUUUAAGUGGAGGAGGAGGUGCUUCUAAACCUAAGAAGCCUGCCAGGAAAGUCAUCCCUCAGGGAGAGUUAGAUGCUAUGGUAGCUGAUAGCUUGAGAGAUGCGCCUUCUGAUGAAGAUCUUUCUGUGGACGAAAAUGAUCCUGAACUGUUGGGAGAGUUGGGUGAACUGACAGGUGAUGCUGAAGAAGCUCAAGCACCUCUUGAAGAAUCUCCAUCUGGCGGUUCGUCAGAUGUAGCAAAUGUAUUGACUGAGCGUUUAAAAAACUACGAAACUGCUGAACGAGAAGCUAAAUCCGCUGGAGAAAGUAGCAAAGCACGUAGAUAUGGAAAGGCUAUAAAAACAUUGAAGGAUUUAAUCAAACAAGCUAAAUCAGGGAAAAGUAUAAAUCUAAACGAUGACUCUGUUCCACCAGAAAUUCAUGUUGGUGCUAAGAAAGCUCCUGGUACUAGUCAAGCUGAAGAUAUUCCUGUAUCUGCACCAUCUAGACCAGCACCAGCCAUACCAACUUUCCCAGUGGAACCAACUCCUGUGCCACAAUUCGUACAAGAGCAAGUGGAAGAAAAGAAACAAGAAAUCGACUCGGAAUUGUUAAAUAUGCUCGCAGAAAGGCAAAAAGAAUAUAAAAUAGCAGCUCUGAAAUGUAAAAAGUCCGGCGACUCGUCCACCGCUAUUAAAUAUGUCAAGAUAGCGAAACAAUUCGACACCGUUAUAGCGGCCGUGCAAAGUGGCCAAGCAGUAGAUUUGUCCAAGAUGCCAGGUCCUCCCAGUGAGGCAACCUCUCCGCCUGAACCUAAAGUCGAGGAAAGCGAAACUCAAAGAAACACAAUUCCAGAAAUUCCCGUCCCACCGGAGGCCGCCGAUUUGCCAGAAGAGACUUUAACAACUGCUUCUACAGUCCUCGAGGCUUUGGAGCAGCGCUUGGCUGUUUACAAGGAACACGAGGCGCAGGCUAAGGAACAAGGAAAUUCGAGUAAGGCUCGAAGGUACGGCAGAAUUGUGAAACAGUACGAACAAGCCAUCAAGUCGCAUAAGGCCGGGAAACCGGUGCCGGUGGAUGAAUUGCCGACGCCUCCGGGUUACGGGCCUAUUCCCGUAGAGGGAGGAGCUGCGCCAGCUCCUAAACCGGCUCCGGCCGUUCCAAGAGAAAAACCGAGUGAGGCGCCCAGCAGUCCUAGUGGGAGUUCUCAGGGAGGUGAAGCCAGACCGAGCCAAGGUUCGAGAAUGUCAGGAAAUCAUGUUACCACUUCGCAUGCUGACAAGCAAGUCCUUAUACUGCUCGCCAAGCAGAAACAAUUCAAACAGGCAGCUCUAAAUGCUAAAAAGCAGGGAGAAGUGUCUGAAGCAAAAGAAUUCUUAAGGCAAGCCAAAGGUUUCGAUAAGUUAAUAGAAGCAGCAAGAGCCGGAUUGCCUGUAGACUGGUCUUCUAUUCCAGUAUCACCCGAAGCGAAAUCACAAUUAGACAAUGAGUACGACAUAGUAAUGGCCGAGGAGUGCUCCGAGGGAACCUCUGCCGAUAUGGACAUCAUCUCCCGCUUAGAAAACCAGCUCCAGAAGCAGCUGAAGAUGUGCUUGACCACCCGAGACCACAACAAGGCUCUCGGAGACGUAUCGGGCACGAACAGGUUCGAGAGGUUGGCUUUAAACGUUACCAAAGAUCUCGACGUUAUCCGUCUGGCCCGACGAACGCCGGGAGGGAAGGUGCCCAAGUUCCAUUACGAGAUGAAGGAGUUUUCUAUCGUUAAGAGUUUUACGGACAUCAUGGAUAACGAUAUGGAACUGACGGUCGUCAGGGGCAUUAACUAUAGCUCGACGAAUCCGAAGGAGAUCGACACUUACGUUAAAUUUGAAUUCCCAUUCCCGCAGGAAGAACCGUAUACCAAUAGGACUUCUACAAUAAAAGAUACCAAUAAUCCGGAAUAUAACCAUUGCUUCGUGAUUCCAAUCCAGAGAUCUUCAAGGCAAUGUCAGAGGGUGUUCAAAAGGCAUGGCAUCAAAUUUGAAGUUUACUCUAAGGGCCGCUGUGCUGGCGCUAGCGACAUUUUCUCUUGUUGCAGUGGUUUCCUCCGGAGCGACACGCUCCUCGGUACGGUGAACCUGAAGCUGCAGCCCCUGGAAACUCAGUGCGAGCUGCACGACAGCUUUGAUUUAUUGGAAGGCAGGAAAAAAGUAGGUGGCAAACUGGAGGUCAGAAUUAGACUUCGAAACCCUAUAGUUACCCAACAAGUCGAACAGGUCCAAGAAAAAUGGCUCAUUCUUGACCAGUAAUAUAUUAUUUCCACAUACCUUACGUAUUUUAAAAUAUUAAUGUUAUUGGAUAUUUUGAUACUGGAUAGAUAGAGUUUGCUAAAAGUAACUCUUUCAGUAGAACAUACUUAUGUUAUUGUGAUUUCUGAGAUAGCUUUAAGAUAUUAAUAUGUACAUUUUAUGUGAUGCAUUUUUUAUUAGUUGAAGGUUAAAAAGGGCUAGUACACGAAAGCGGAGGAUGUUGUGUACAUGUGUUCGUUAAGAUUUAUAGUUUCCCUUACGCCUUAGCUCUGAUAAGCUCAACGUCUUUGUAAUGCUUCGAGUAACCUUCAAUGAGAAAACUGUGCCUUUUAGUUAUGUCUAUAAGUUGCUGAUUUAAUACCAUGUAACUCAUUAUAUUGUUGAGUAAAUAAGUUAUUUUUAA